UUUUUUAUGAAAUAUGAACUCGUGACAUGCGAGGGCGAACUGGUCUCAGUGUCUCACUCUUAUGUGGCUUUUAUCCAAAGAUUUUUGGUAAAUUUCAAGUACUUACUACUUGGUUACUUCCAAUAAUUUAAUUCAGGUGUACGUCUUAUACGUUAAAUAUGCCUAAAAAGAAAACUGGCCAGAGGAAGAAAGCAGAGAAGAUGAGGGCCCGGCAAAAAGGAAUUAGGUCUGCAAAGGACAAUUUGUCUUUGGCUAAACAUCCCUGCAAUGCAACAAUGGAAUGUGAUAAAUGCAAGAAGAAACAAAAAAAUCGGGCUUUUUGUUAUUUUUGUCAAAAUUUACAGCGUUUGCCUCAAUGUGCUAGCUGUGGUAAAAUAAAAUGUCUUAUGAAGUCAGGAGAUUGUGUUGUUAAACACCCUGGUGUUUAUACAACAGGAAUGGGACUAGUGGGUGCUAUUUGUGAUUUUUGUGAAGCGUGGGUAUGUCAUGGUCGGAAAUGCCUUACAACUCAUGCCUGUGUUUGUCCCUUACAAGAUGCAAAUUGUGCUGAAUGUGAACGUGGAACAUGGGAUCAUGGUGGUCGUAUAUUCAUGUGCUCUUAUUGUUCAGCAUAUCUUUGUGAAGAUGAUCAAUUUGAGCACCAAGCUUCAUGUCAAGUUUUGGAUUCAGAAAAUUAUAAAUGUCAAUCAUGCAAUAAAUUAGGACAGUACAGUUGUUUGAAAUGUAAGGUAUGUUUCUGCGAUGAACACAUUAGAUGUAAACGUUUCAAGUAUUGUGAAAAAGAUAGAAAUUAUCCAUGUCCAAAGUGUUCUUAUCCAACAGCUGAAGUCAGUGAUCUAUCAUUAUCUUCUCGUAAUCAUAAAUAUGGCCGACAAACAUAUGAGGAAGGUGAUGAUGAUGAUGAUGAUUCAUAUGCUUAUGGAGCUGGUAGUUCUGGAGCGAACUAUGGAGGAUAUACUUAUGAUGAAGCUGAUGAUAGUGAUGAUGAUGAUGAUGAUUACUCUUCAGAAGAUGAUGAUGAUGAUGAUGAUGACGAUGACGACGAUGAAGAUGAAGAAGGUGACAAAGACAAAGCAAAAAUUAAAAAAUAAAUUAUCAUUAGACAUUUUAUAGUAUUUAUAUAAAAAAAAAUACAAAAUUCAUCAAUCUUA